GUGACAUGCAUUUCAACCAAUCAGCUGGUAUAAUAAUGGCUGCAACCGGGAAAUUCAUCUUUAAUAUUUUGGCGCAAUUUUCUAUUAUUAUAUGACCUAAUUGGCCAAGUAAUUGAUUUAAUUGACCCUCUGAAUUUGCAACAGUGCCUGUAGGACUAAAUCAAGCAUACCUUUUAUGCUGAGAAGACAACAUGGAGGUUGAGUGCAGGAAAGUACAGGUGGCCUGCCUGUGCAACAUCCCCGAUCUCCAACGUGCAUGCCAGAAAGUAAAUCUUAAAUUUUCUCAGGAGACGAACGAGUACCUGCUUUAUCUGAUGUUGAAGAAACUGGGACCAUGGAUGGCCCAAAAACUGAUCCAUAAGUUGGUGGAGCAUGGAGAAAUAGAAUGGAACAGUGAUGAUGACUUUGAAGUAGAGACCAUUUUGGACCAUGCAGAAGAAGAUGGUGUGACGUAUUAUUUCAUCAAGUGGCGAGGAUGGCCAUUAUCAUACAACACUUGGGAACCUGAAGAAAACCUCAAUUGCCCAGAAAUACUAGAGGCAUACAAAGAAAACUUAAACAAACCUUCCAAGCGAAAACGAGAGGCUGACUCAGACGACGACCAGAGCUACAGCAAGCGAAGAAAGCUGCAAGACCUCUUCUCCAAGAUUUCCAAAAACAGAACCAUAUCACCUCUUAAGUUACUCAGGAUUUCUCAGAGCCCCACCAAAGGCAAAGGCCUGUCUCGGGUCCAGAGUGCCAUGACGAAGCACAGCAAGCCACACAAACCCCGCAGAGGGGGGCAGACAUACUCCAAAAACAGCAAGUGGUACAAACAGAGGAAGGCGGACAUACAGAAAGCUCUCAAGGACUGGGAGCGUGAACUCAAUGCUAAAAAUACAGACCCUGCCCCUAUAUUGGUAGAGAAUGAUGUUGAUCUAGAAGGCCCCCCUGAUAACUUUAUCUUUAUUGAUGACUACAAGGCCGGAGAAGGGGUGAUUAUUCCUCAGGACCCUAUAGUAGGGUGUGAAUGCACCGACUGUGCCGACGAGAAGAAAAAGUGCUGCCCUGCUAACAGUGGUGCCAGUCACCCAUAUCAUCCAUCGUCGGGACGUCUACGCGUGCCCCCCGGCACCCCCAUAUACGAGUGCAACAAGAGGUGUGCGUGCCCCCCUGAGUGCCCAAAUCGCGUCGUGCAGCAUGGACGCAAGUUUAAGGUCAGCAUUUUUCGUACCCACAAUGGUCGAGGUUGGGGCGUGAAGACCAAGCAGAAGAUUAAGAAGGGGUCCUUUGUGAUGGAGUAUGUAGGCGAGGUGAUCACAAAUGAGGAAGCUGAGAAACGUGGCCGAGUCUAUGAUGCUGAAGGGAGGACAUACCUGUUUGAUCUGGAUUAUAAUGAUGGAGACUGUCCCUAUACUGUAGACGCAGGCUUUUAUGGAAACGUCUCGCAUUUUGUUAACCACUCAUGUGACCCUAACCUGGCAGUGUAUGGAGUAUGGAUUAAUACUCUGGACCCCAGAUUACCUAGAAUAUGCCUGUUUGCCAAGAGAGACAUUGCCAAAGGAGAAGAGCUCACUUUUGAUUACAUGAUGACUGGGGAUACCAGCCAACAAGCUCAGCCCAGUUGUGCUCUUCCCACGGCUGACGACAUCCUGGAGACGACGGUGACAGAGGAAGGCUCGGAGAUCAUCACCAUGUGCGCCAGCCCUGGAUCUCUCUACCCCUCUGAGGGCGCUGAAGACCCCGUGCCUGCCACUGAAACGUUUCGCAUGGUUUGCCAGUGUGGAGCCAAAAAUUGUAGGAAGUAUUUAUUUUAAGGCCUUUUUUUUUUAUAGGAAGUAGGUAGUAAAAGGGUGGUGAAAGAAGUAGCUUUGUAGUCAAGGAAGUCAUAGAAAUAAGCUUUGUAAGAUAGGGGCUACAAGGUAGCGUUGAGUUAAAGAACUAGAUUGUUGUGUUGUGUGUCACUAGGAGGGCUAAAUAUUAAAAAAAUUUGAUGUUUUAGAUGAAGUAGAUUCUGUAUACAUGUGACUACAUGUCUGUGUUUGAAAUGAUUGGAUAUUUUCCAGGUUGUUUGUUCACAUUCAUUAGUUAGCCAGUUAGAAAGACAAGAUUUGUCUUAAAACUGAAGAAAACGGUGAAGUUGUCCUUCUUUUAAAUAUUUUUAGUGAAUAUGAGGUACUCAUUCAAGAUAAGCAUUGCUUUGCAUUCUUUGUACGAGUUGUAUGAGACAAACUUUAAUUAUUCAAAUAGAUAAUUUUUACCUACACACGGGGUUGAAUUAUUCAGGUUUUGAAUUACCAUUUUGCAUGUUAACCAAAAAACUAAUUGUGACUGGUACUUUUUAUUCAUCUGCUAAAUUUCAGAUGUAACUUGUUGUGUUUUAGAAUAAAGUGCCUUUUUUUAAAUAAAAAGUUGAUAGUAUGCCUAUUUUUAUUCAUAGUUUAUUUAACAAUAUUUUAUAAUUUAUGGCAAAAAAAAUUAAAAUUAAGAUGAGCAGUUUUAGUUUUGACAACAUUUAUGAUGAAUUUCAAGUUAUAACCAAUAUGGUUUCAUAAUGAUGUCCAAGUGUGGAAUUACACUUGAUGUACUUGCAUGAAGAGAGAGAUGUGUGUUUGUAACAUAUUGUUCAUCACUUUUUUUAGAAUUAGCUGCAAGACGGUUUUAUAUUUUAGUGGCUUCUGAUUUGGAUAAUAAGGAUCAUUAUUCCUUAUAAUGAUCCUUGGGCAGAGAGUUGUAAAAAUGUUAAUUUCAUCAAUUCAGAUAUGAUAAAGGUCGGUUUCAUUCCAAUGCUGAUGAAAAUGAGUUUAUUUAUUCAACCUGUCAAGGAAAAAGGUAUCAAUCAUUUCUUGACAGCUGAAUGGUUCAAGUUCAAUCUUUGCACAAUGAUAUAUUAGGUGAAUGCAUUGUAGUUGGUUCCAAAAGUAUUUUUUAAUUCUGUGUUCAAACUUAAAUUCGUCUUUGUCUUAAAUAUUGAGUAGAAUUUUUGCUUGAAUUUUUUUUUCCAUAUAUUUGACUGUAAUUUCUUUGAAUAGAAUGUUAAUAUUUUUCCCCCUUUUUUUUUCAAUGGAAAUUUUCCACACAUUAGUUGUGAAUAAAAAAAACUAAUGGGAGAAUGAAAUAUAAGUAUCUUUUCUGUAGAAUUCAGCAGAGAGGAUGUUUAGAAGGCUUGAAACCAGGAAAUGAGAAACUGGUUGUCUGAUGGAUAUGUGUAGAAUAUAUGGUACAAAUGAGAUGAGGUAAUGUGAAGCUCAACAUUAUUCCACCAUGAGUUCACAAGAGUUACAGUGCUGAUCUAAUUGGAAAUGGAGACAUUUAUCGUGAUGGUGUUAUGAUGUAUAUUUGUGGUCGAUUGUAAUGGAACCCAAGCCGGCACACCUGGGAUUUUUCAAGGAAGUAAUAAUUGUUUCUGCCUUUAUGGCGUCUUUGUGAACAAUGAAACUCAUGCAGUUAUGGAUGGAUUUUGAUAAAAAUUUACGGGAUGGGUCAGAAAUGGGUUAGCUGUAAAUUGAGUAUGUUUUGGUGUUGAUACAUUAAUUAAUGAGAAUUGAGCUACCUUGGCAGGGGUUUUCACUGAGUCCUGUUCUAGUUUUUUUUUCCCUCCACUCCCAGUCCAUGAAGCAUGAAAUUAAUGGUUAACGAGGAGGAGUUCAAGUUUUGAUGUGUUAUCUUCGCCUUCACUUGUUGCAACACUUGUUUUAUAAUUGCAUUGAUACACCAAUUGGCAUCUGUACGUCAUAUUCAGAAAUAAAUGUAUUAUUUGAAAUGUUA